AUGCUCUCCAAAAUGGGGGUGCUCUUCCGCAAAAGACGCAAGAAUGCUUUGUAUGCACAGAUUGAAGAGCGGCAUUCACACUGGGAGGUUGAGAAGCUUACGGCCGCCAAUUCGAAACUCCGCUUGGACCUUCACAACGCAAGGAUGAGAAGUGCCAAGCUCAAGAGACAAGUCGCCAUGUAUGAUCUUCUCUUCGCACACAUUCAGUCACGCGUUGGGCACGCUGCAAUUGACAAUUUGGAACAGGACGAUCCCUCCCAGCCGCCUAGCCCCCUUGUAAGCCCCAAGACGGAUUCGAGUCCCCAAUGGAUUGGCGAUCUUUGGAUCUGCUCAGACAGCGAUUACCUAAAAGCUGCUGAGAACUACUGGAAAGACGGCGACCCGCACACUGCGUUGACCAUUGUGGACAAUGCUAUCCAUACCAACCCGUUCCUGUCGGUUGUCGAGGAACUCCAUUGUCGCGUGUUUGCUGCUGCGGCCUUACAUGCCACCGGUAGGUACGAGACAUCCAAUGCCCAUUUGCAGCGUGUGCUUCAAACCAUUUCGAUUGGGCCCGAGCCUUCAUACCGACCAUAUCGCGAUAUAAUGGGCAUUGCAUAUUACAUCGAGGGACGGAAUUUCUUGGAACUGGAAGAGUUUGACAAGGCUUUCUGGUCGUUGUCGCGGGCUCUAAAGACCCAAACUCGCGGAUACGAAAUUAAAGCCGGGGAGUUUCAAACGAAAACGAUCGAGGAUUUCACACGAAAGGAAGCAUGUGAGGAUGCUGCACCUGAUGCGGGAUCUCUUCGUCUGAUCAGUCGGAACAAGGAGAAUUUGGAUUAA